CUUCUUCUUUUUUCUUUCCUUUUUCAUAUUUUCAUUUUGCAUUGUAAUAUUAACUUCAUUUCGAGUUAGCAAGCAUUCAUUCAUUUGCCAAGAGUUAAGAAGACAUGAGCUGCUUUCCGUGUUUUGGCUCACAAAGAAGUAAGAGAUCAAAUAGCAAGAGAUUAGAGAAUGCCUCUCCACCUAUCGGACAAGCAGAAUUGAAAAAACAAAAAUCUGCAGAGGGAGUUAACCCAGCAGAUAUUAAUGCAAAGACUUUCACUUUCCGUGAGCUAGCCACAGCAACAAAGAAUUUCCGUCAGGAAUGUCUUUUGGGAGAAGGUGGUUUUGGAAGAGUCUAUAAGGGGACUUUUCAGUCCAGCGGGCAGGUGGUGGCAGUGAAGCAACUGGACAGAAAUGGAAUGCAAGGAAACAAGGAGUUCCUUGGGGACGUUUUGACGCUAAGCCUCCUACACCAUCCAAAUCUGGUUAAUCUAAUUGGAUAUUGUGCUGAUGGAGAUCAAAGACUUUUGGUGUAUGAAUACAUAUCGGGCAGUUCUCUAGAUGAUCGUGUUCUUGUUGAUGGAUCAGAUCAUAAGCCAUUAGAUUGGUAUGCCCGAGUGAAAAUAGCUUAUGGUGCUGCUAUGGGACUGGAGUACUUGCAUGAAAAGGCCAAUCCCCCGGUUAUAUAUCGUGAUUUAAAAUCUUCAAAUAUCUUGUUAGAUGAAGAAUUCAAUCCAAAGCUCUCAGAUGUUGGACUUGCCAAGCUUGGCCCUGAUGGAGAUAAGAUGCAUGGACCAUCAAGGCUGAUGGGUACGUAUGGUUUCUGUGCUCCUGAGUAUUCAAAAUCAGGUGAAGUCACAAUGAAGUCAGAUGUGUACAGUUUUGGAGUUGUUCUACUGGAGCUCAUUACUGGAAGAAGAGCUAUUGAUACUACAAGACCAAAUGAUGAGCAAAAUCUAGUAUCUUGGGCACAACCCUUAUUCAGGGACCCGAAAAAGUUUCCUGAUUUGGCAGAUCCUCUUCUUAACGGGGAAUUCCCAGAAAAAGAUAUAAAUCAAGCUGUUGCAAUUGCAUCCAUGUGCCUGCAAGAGGAGGCAGGAGUCCGUCCCUUCAUGAGUGACGUUGUGACAACUCUAAGUUUUCUUUCUACAACCCCUCCUCCUCCUGAGGCUAUCCCUGCUCGUCUUCCAGCUGAUCCAAAACCGACCGAAAAUGAUGAUGAGAACCUUGAUGGCUCAGAAUGCGCUUCUGAAUGUUCAGAAGUUGAAGAUGGGGAGGUUUCUGAUCAGGAGGAGAGUAUCAGAAUUUCAAGUAAUAACCUCCGUGGCACUGACAUUUCAGAUGGUGAUGGUAGUGAAGAUGAACCCCAAGAAACUGGUACAGAAUCAAAAGAAUGGCAUUCAUUUUCAAGCCCCAAAGGCAGCAUGAGAUUUCGGGACGAAAGUGUUUAUUCAAGUCAAGGAGGUAGCAAAGAAUCAAGUGUGUCAAGCCAGAAGAGCAACAAAGGUGAUCAUAAUGUGGAUGGCAAUUCAAGCCAAGUGAGCAGUAAUCAAUCUAAAUAUGCAAGUAUUUCUUCUAGAAGCAGCAGCAGAGGAUCAAUAGAAGAAAGUGUUUCUAAUAGCCAAAAGAACUGCAGUAGAAAAUCAGAAAAAGAGAGUGCUACUGUUACAUUGGGCGGCAUUAGCAGUACUGGGGAACAUUCAAACGAAGGUGGAAGUGUUUGCACCGAUGAUCAGCAAAACGGAAGCAGGGGACCAGAUGAUCGGCACAACAUAAGCAGCAGACCAGAUGAGCAGCAAAACAGAAACAGGGCACCAUUACCGGUACUAAAGGAUGGAAAUGUUCAUUUUGACCCGAACCAUGCCAGGAUGGAAUCACGGGAGGCUCUAACACCAAAAAAAUGCCAGUCCAGUCACUACUAGAAUGUCUGUACCUUGCACAUAAACUUCAACAUGGGAUUUUUUUCUUUUUGCAUGGAGGAGCCAUGCAAGGCUUUUGUCCUUCAGAGAUAGCAAACAAGAAGCACUGGUACUGAGCAACCCAAUUGAGCUGCAUAAGUAGUACUUUGGCAGAGGGAGAAAACUGCACUGGGCCAAGAAUUUAAUGAUGAGGUUCUCUUCUUUUUUUUUAAGAUUUCAAUUAUACUUCAAUUUCGGGACUUCUGGUAUCGUCCUUCUUCAACGACAUAUCCUUAAACUUAAAGAAACAAACAAAAGAAAGAAGUUUUAUUGAAUUAUGGGGGGAUUCAGAUAAUAACUUAAUGUAUUUUUCCCUUGGUACUGAGCCAAACUAUUAAGAGAAGGCAAUGGGAUCAAUGGUAAAUUACACAGGGUGCUGACAUUAAAAGGGAGUGUACUUAUUGUUAUAAUUUACCUCAGCAUUCUUACA